AUGAACUCAAUUCCAGAUAAUAGUAAAGCGAAACGUCUUCGUACGAGAAACCCAAUCCAACAACUUGUCAACACAUUUCCUCAACUUGCCAUUUCGGCCGCCAUUCUUCUUUUCACACUUGCUGCCAUUCCGCCGAAACCUGAAGUGUUGAGUGGUACACUAUUUUAUUUGUCAGUGUUAGCGGGUAUUGGUGUCAGUAGCGUAUUUACUAUUCUGCAACUGAAAAAGGUUGAAUACAGAAAUUGGCAGCAAAAUCCUACGACCAGACAAUAUAUACAAAUUGCAACUCUAUCCACCAUCCUUUCGUUUACCGGCUUGAGUAUAACAUUUUGGUCCACUUAUGGACUCUUGUCACCUGUCCUUGUUAUCAUUGGCUUUAUCUUUAUCAUGUCAUGCUUAACAGUGAUUACAGCCUUCAUGUCUUGA